GUGAUGAAUGUGAUGAAUGUGAUGAAUGUCUUCUCUGUGUUUUAGGAGUGCGACCAAGUCCACAUCGAUGAUGUCUCAUCUGAUGACAACGGUCAGGAUCUGAGUACUUAUAACUUUGGUUCAGAUGGGUUCCACGCGGCAGCGACCAGUGCCAACCUGUGCCUGGCCACGGGCGUGAGAGGAGGGGUGGACUGGAUGAGAAAACUGGCCUUCCGCUACAGACGAGUAAAAGAAAUCUACACCACCUACAAAAAUAACGUUGGAGGUCUGCUGGGCCCAGCCAAACGAGAAGCCUGGUUACAAUUGAGAGCAGAAAUUGAAGCCUUGACCGAUUCCUGGUUAACACUGGCACUGAAAGCACUCACAUUAAUCCAUUCAAGGUCAAACUGUGUGAAUAUCCUGGUGACCACCACCCAACUCAUACCUGCCCUGGCUAAAGUCCUGCUGUACGGACUGGGGAUAGUGUUUCCUAUUGACAAUAUUUAUAGUGCUACCAAAAUAGGGAAGGAGAGCUGUUUUGAGAGAGUCAUUCAGAGGUUCGGUAGGAAAGUUGUGUACGUCGUCGUGGGAGACGGAGUGGAAGAGGAGCAAGGCUCAAAAAAGGUAAGAAGAAUUAUAGAUAUACAAUGUCCAGAAUGGAUACA